UUUUGAAAAAAACCUUCCCUUCAAAGGAAAUGCAAAGAAAGCCAGUCAACUUUUGGAAGCAACCAACUUUCUCUCGUAGACUCGUCUCCGCUCUCCAAUUCAUUAAUCAACUCAAAAGUUUAAUUCUAAAUUGAGCUUUUAAUUGGGGAAAAUAUGGCGAAGGCUGGGGGAAUCACAAACGCAGUGAAUGUAGGAAUUGCAGUGCAAGCUGAUUGGGAAAAUCGAGAAUUCAUUUCUCAUAUUUCCCUCAACAUUCGUCGUCUUUUCGAUUUUCUUGUCCAAUUUGAGGCUACAACAAAGGGUAAACUAUCAGCACUGAAUGAGAAGCUUGACACACUAGAGCGACGUCUUGAACUGCUUGAAGUCCAAGUGAGUACUGCAUCAGCCAACCCUUCUGUUUUCAAGUGAUUAAUCUAGGAGAGAGUUCAUCUUAAAAUGCCUGCUUAGCUGCUAUGAUUGCUAUAUAGAUGGAAAACUAUAUAUCCUUGUAUCUUCCCUGCCAUAAAUUCUCAUUAGGUGUGUGGUUACCGUGAUAAAUUACAUAAUGCUCAAUUUCUUCUGUGAAUCAUUUAUUCUCUCAUCAGUAAUCAUUGACUACAUUCAGCAUAAACGAUCAUUGAAAGUGGAAAAAUGCCGCAUGCUUACUACACUUUCAUCU